GGCUUUUACAUCGCUGGGACCAGAUCGGCUCUUUGGGAAUAUUGAUCCGAAAAGGUUGGAGCCCCAACACCGGAACUCCGACACACGAGAUUGGACAGACCCUGAGCAGCAUCUGGUGCACUCGUGAGUUUCUGUGACAGCGCACGGCUUGGUGAAAAUGAGGGCCAUUGUGCUGCUGCUGUGUCUGCUGAUGGCAGCGGAGGCCGGAGCCUCGAGGUUAGUUCGUGACUCCCAGAGCGUUCCCGACCCCCUAGAAACCUCCAAGGGCAACGUGUCUGUCCAGCUUCCGCCCCCGCAGCCGGGCCGCCCGCGGACCCCCUUCCCUCCCAUGUGCAUAAAGCAAACAGAGAUCAAACACGCCUUCAAGUACGUGAACACCAUCAUUUCCUGCCUGAUCUUCGUGGUGGGGAUCAUCGGCAACUCGACGCUGCUCAGGAUCAUCUACAGGAACAAGUGCAUGAGGAACGGACCCAAUGUGCUGAUCGGCAGCCUGGCCCUGGGAGACCUGCUUUAUAUAAUCAUUGCCAUCCCCAUCAAUGUGUAUAAGCUAAUAGCUGAGGACUGGCCGUUUGGCGUGUACGUCUGUAAGCUGAUGCCGUUCAUCCAGAAAGCCUCAGUGGGGAUCACCGUCCUCAGCCUGUGUGCUCUGAGCAUUGACCGGUACCACGCUGUGACAUCAUGGAGCAGGGUGAAGGGGAUGGGGAUCCCUCUGUGGAAGGCAGUGGAGGUGACCCUGAUCUGGCUGGCUGCCGUGGUGCUGGCCGUCCCCGAGGCGCUGGCGUUCGACAUGAUGGAGAUGUCCUACAGAGGCAACAAGCUGCGCAUCUGCCUGCUGCACCCGGAGCAGGCCUCCAGCUUUAUGAGGUUCUACCAGGAAGUCAAAGAUUGGUGGCUGUUCGGCUUCUAUUUCUGCCUGCCGCUGGCCUGCACAGGAAUCUUCUAUACGCUCAUGUCCUGCGAGAUGCUCAGUCGCAAGAAAGGCAUGCGGAUCGCACUGAACGAUCACAUGAAACAGCGGAGGGAAGUGGCGAAGACGGUGUUCUGCCUGGUGCUGAUCUUUGCCUUCUGCUGGCUGCCCCUUCAUCUCAGCCGCAUUCUGAAGAAAACCUUCUACGAUCAAAAUGACCCCAACCGCUGCGAGCUGCUCAGUUUCCUUUUAGUGAUGGAUUACAUCGGUAUCAACAUGGCCUCCCUAAACUCCUGCAUUAACCCGAUUGCCCUCUACUUUGUCAGCCAGAAGUUUAAGAAUUGUUUCCAGUCUUGCCUGUGCUGCUGGUGCUACAGAACGUCUCCGCUGGACGAGCGCUGCUCCGGAGGUCGCCUGCAGAGGUCCUGCCACGGGAACGGACUGGACCGCUCCAGCUCCCGCUCCAGCCAGAAAUACACGAGCUCCUCAUAAAAGACAACGCACGCAAACCGCUCACUCCACCUUCAAAGCACAAAAAAAAAAAAAAA